GCAUAACUGGGUAAUCUUUCAGUAAACGCAAGCAUUUUCAUUUUUACAGUACACUUCAAAACCUACGGGCAUUCGAUUGACAGAUAAAAAAAAUUGAAAACAAAAUUAGAAAACACACAAACCAUACACAUCAUAUUAUAUAGUUUUAGUAAACCAGAACAAGCUCCUUUCGGCCCACGUUUAAAUUAAUUGUUUUCGUUGCUAUUACUGGAAGACCAUCUCUAUCCCCACAAAUCCAUUUCCCGAAGGAAUGCAUCAGAGUAUAUGGAGCGCGCCGCAGGUAGGUGGUUCUGGUGGCGCUUUGAAGGCCUUGGCCAGGAAUGUUGCCAAUCAUCUGAAGCUGAACCGCAGCAAUAUGAAACGAGUGGUGGCCCAGGUGGUCGCAGAGCACCAUACCCUCGGGGAGGUGGCCGACUACAAGGGUCACAUGUACUUUGCCAAGCCGGAUCGCUUGAAUUUUCACGAGCUGAUUGCCCAGUCCAAGGAGGCUUUCGAUGAUCUGUUGCUCCACGAACCGCGAUCUGCGAAAAAGCAAGCAAUCACGAAACGUUCGAAGUAUCCGACCAAUCCUAACGUUAAACUACAGAUGACAGUAUCACCACCGCAAUUAGAAAAACCACAAAAGAAGCAAUCAACUAUUAAAAAGCCCGGUCUUCCAAAAAAACAUUCAAGGCCAAAAAUUGGAAGUCGGAAGAAAAGUUCCACCACCAUUUUUCAGCUGGCGGAUGCAGGUCGUCGUAGUCUAAAUGGUGUAAUCAUUGACGAAACUCAUUUGCCGCUCGAUGGUGAGCAAAGGGAGAUCCUUUUGCAUGUGCCCCCGUCGCUAGUCAAGCGGUCCCGAAGGCGUCUCCGAUCUGCCCAGACCAAGGAUACAUCGGAGAAAUGCCCACCGCAGAAACCGGACAAGGAUCCCGAUCAGAAGAAGACAGGACCACAGAAGGAUGGCGAGAAAAUCACCGAGGAGAAGAUUCUUCAAGUUCAAAAGCGUCAACCCGAGAAGAAACGCAGCGAAGAACCGAAGCCAGUAACGAAAAUGCACGAAAACCACCAGAAAGAGCUGAUUCGGUCACCUUCUCGCCCCCGAUCGGGGUCCCCUUCGGUUCCUCAGGCCCGACGGUCUCCUUCACCAGUUCGUUCACAAAAAGUGACAUCUGUUCGGAAAGCGAGCAAAGCACUUCGCUCACCACCCCACAAGACAAUAAAUGUCAAGAAUCAUGCCUUGAAUCAACGCAUUAAGGCGGGAGACACCAAAAUGGCAAUUUCCAAGCCUGCGGAAAAAAAGAAAUCGAGAUCGAUGCUAAGAACAGUCAAGAAAAAAACAUUGCCGCAAAGAAGCUACGACAAGCCGUGGAUACUGAAACGCUCUCAAAAAAGACGCUUGUCGGCGGGAGGAUCUCAAUUAAAGAAAAAUCUACAGCGACCGAUGAAUAGCGAUGUCAAGAGAAAGGAAAAGUCCGGUAAGGGAGGGAAAAUCCAGCAUUCAGCGAGAAGCACCAAGGUGGAGCAAACAAAAAUCUCUGCCCAGAUUAAACCCACAUCACAUGUUGGACGCCAAAUGCAAAGGGUAAACUUCCCGUGGUAUACUCCAUAUCAAUUCCAAGGUGCCGCCGGAGCAACCCAAAUACCAAAUGCCGGGGUCGCCAUACCGCCGUGCCAAUUGCUAAAAGAAAAAAGCCGCAAACUCACUCAAAGACUAUCGGUAACCCAACCAAUUUCCCAAAUGAAACGACCCAAUAUCACCAGUCGCCAAAGGCACAAUCUCCGUAUGCGGGAGCGUUUGAUAAGAGAUUUGCAACGCGAAGAGGACAUCGAUGAUCCACUAAGCAAUGGAUCGGGGGUUCUUCGCCGAGCCCGCGGUGGAAUGCAACCAUCUCAGCAAAUUAAGGAACCUGAGCAACCGAAAAAGGAGCAGGAUCAUCGUUCUGUGGAGCGCGUGAGCUCGCGAAUCAAGCGUUUGCCAAAGGGAAGACGCUAUCGCCAGCCCAUCGCCACCAGCGAGCGGAUCAUGAUCCCGCCACCGAAGGUGAAUAAUAAUAAUAACAAUAAUAACAAAUCGAUGUCUCCAAGUCGCCCCAACUUCAUUCCACGAGUCCGUCGAAGAUUCCGAUCCGUUCUGGUGGACAGCAGUCUGGGAAGUAUCGCCUUAAUGGGUCAGCCGGUGCAAUCAAAGCAAACACUAACUCCCGCAAAACGUCACCUUACCAUUGCUUUUAUGAACAAGAGAUCAGAACGAACCAAUGCAGCCGUUCAGCCCUGGAAGUAGAACUCCUAUACUCCUAUUCAGCAAAAACAUAUUCUUUGGCACCCCACCUUUUCAACGAUGCUGUAUUAUCUAUUGAUACUGUUCAUUUGUCGGAGCUAAUAAAU